AGAAAAACAAUUAAUACAAUGUCUUUAAUCACUCUCUUUUCUAGACCUUUAAUUGUUAACUACAAAUCAUCUAUAUUGUCUCAAGCCACUUUGUUCACAUUAAUCUCAUGGAUAAUCAACAUACUCUAUCCAUGGAUAAUCGUUUACCAAACGGAUGGUCUCUGGAAAAAGGUCGAUUAUUUCUGGGAAAAGCCUGAGAUUCAUUUCAAAUACGAUUGUAUCAUGUUGAUUAAACUGAGAAACAUGACAACAAUUCCGAGUGAUCAAAUCGUCUGGACCAGUUUUCCACAAUUUAAUAACCAAUUAGACCAGAAAAUGAUUCGAGUGCCAUUCAUAACGAAUCAUGAAGAUGAUUUAGAUCUCGAUGGAAAUUAUGAUAAAUUAACAAUGCAAUUAGUGUUACCAUUAGAGGAGAAGGAGAAGAUUUCAUCAAUUAAGUUAAUCCUGUUUUUCACAUACGAAUUGAAGGUGAACAUCGAUUUGAAAAUGGACUCUCAAAUUAUCUUGGAAUCAUUUACUGAUAAUCAAGCAUCUAAAUUGUCAAUUGUUGGGGACAUUAAGUUCAAUCAGAAAUUACCUUUACCAAAUCAUAAAUUACUAUUUAAAUCAAACUCUAUCUUUGAUUACACCGAUUCAAAUGAUCUGAUACAAUCAAGUAUUGACAAAAUGUUGACAGCGAGUCAAUCACAAAUUUUUUCCACAUCCAUGAAAUCCAACAGUUUAUAUCUUUGGACUGAUGGUUCGAAUCGUGGAGAAAAUAAGUUCACAAUCGACGUUAAUUUGAACUAUUCUGAUGAUCUGUUCCAUUACACUCCAGGCUUUUGGAAUACAAUCAAAUGGGCUUGGAUUCAGUACUUUUCCAUUUAUAUUGUGGUUUAUUGGAUAAUCCAGAAAAUCCGAUUGUUUGUUUUCCACAAUCAAAUUACGAGCACAAUGGUGAUUACUGAAACUAAAUCACACGGUGAUUGAGUCAUGAUCAUGAGAAAACAUCAACAAUUGAUUCAUGGAAGCUGAUUCCCUGUUAGCCCUUAAUGAUUAUUGUUCAACAAUCUAAACGCUUUGAUUUAUUUUGAACAAAUAACCAAAUGUAUCGACUUUAGGAAAUCAGUGAAGAUGAUUAAAUGAACUUUGAAUUGA